CAAAACCAGAUCCGGUUUUCUAAUCCGAUCCGACGGCCGAAACAUUUGUCAUAUGAUUUCGUACCGGCGAACCUCGCCGCCGUUAAACCUCUCAGACUUGUCUUCGCCGGUGGACAUUCAAGGAGUCAAGUCUCCUCCUCCCAUGGUGGUUUCUCCCUCCAAUGCCCAUCAGUAACCCUAAGAAACGGCCCAUCUGUGUCGCGCGAUCGUUUCUCAGCAGCCACGCCGCCAAAGAAGAGCUCUCUCAAGCGGUGUCUCGUCUCGAGUCCCUGACGAAACAAGGGAUUCGCUUACCCUUCCAAGUCCUUGCCUCUCUCCUCCAGCGCUGCGGAGACACGAGGUCCUUGAAACAAGGCAAAUGGAUUCAUCGCCACUUGAAGAUCACCGGAUUCAAGACGCCCAACACGCUUUUAUCCAAUCAUCUGAUCGCAAUGUACAUGAAAUGCGGUAAACCCGUCGACGCCCGUAAAGUGUUCGACAAAAUGCAUUUCAGAAGCUUGUACUCGUGGAACAAUAUGAUCUCCGGGUACGUCAAAUCAGGGAUGUUGACUCGUGCGCGGGUGGUGUUCGAUGGUAUGCCCGAGAGGGAUGUCGUCUCGUGGAACACGAUGGUCAUUGGUUACGCUCAGAGUGGGAAUCUAAACGAAGCUCUGUGGUUUUAUAGAGAGCUGAGGAGAUCUGGGAUCAAAUUCAACGAGUUCAGCUUCGCGGGGGUUUUGACUGCUUGUGUGAAAUCGAGAGAGCUCGGGCUCAGCCGGCAAGCUCACGGGCAGGUUCUUGUCGCUGGGUUUAUCUCAAAUGUGGUGCUUUCGUGUUCUAUCAUCGAUGCUUAUGCUAAAUGUGGUCAGAUGGAGAGCGCUCGAAGACGUUUCGAUGAGAUGGCAGUCAAGGAUAAUUAUAUCUGGACUACUCUCAUCUCUGGAUAUGCCAAAUUAGGUGAUAUGGAAUCAGCUAAGGAGUUAUUCACGAAAAUGCCUGAGAAAAUCCCAGUUUCUUGGACAGCAUUAAUUGCUGGAUAUGUUAGACAAGGCUCAGGGGACCACGCGCUCGCCCUGUUCAGAAAAAUGAUUGCUUUGAGGGUUAAACCUGAGCAGUUUACUUUCAGCAGCUGUCUCUGUGCAUCUGCGUCUCUUAGACACGGGAAGCAAAUUCAUGGCUACAUGAUCCGUACGAAUGUUGUACCCAAUGCGAUUGUUGUCAGUUCUUUGAUCGAUAUGUACUCCAAAUCAGGGAGUUUAGAAGCCAGCGAGCGGGUUUUCGAUCGUUACGGCGACAAACAAGACUGUGUCCUGUGGAACACGAUGAUCUCUGCAUUAGCGCAUCACGGGCUUGGCCACAAGGCCUUGCGCAUGCUUGAUGGAAUGAUCAAGAUCGGAGUCCGCCCGAACCGGACGACUCUGGUUGUGAUUCUCAGUGCCUGCAGUCACUCAGGUCUGGUAGAGGAAGGAGUCAGGUGGUUUGAUUCAAUGACUGUUGAUUACAGGAUCGUUCCCGACCAAGAACAUUACGCUUGUCUGAUAGAUCUCCUAGGUCGUGCCGGUUGUUUUAAAGAGUUGAUGAGCAGGAUGGAGAAAAUGCCUUUUAAACCGGACGAGCAUAUCUGGAAUGCGAUCCUUGGGGUAUCCAGGAUCCAUGGAAAUGUGGAAUUGGGAAAGAAAGCGGCGGAAGAGCUGAUCAGACUGGACCCUGAGUCGUCUGCGCCAUACGUAUUACUGUCGAGCAUUCACGCAGAUCAGGGAAACUGGGAAUCAGUAGAGAAGUUGAGAGGGAUUAUGAAGAAGAGAAGGGUGAACAAAGAGAAAGCUGGUAGUUGGAUUGGAAUCGGGGAGAAAGUUGAAACUUUCAGAGUCUCAGACGGGUGGCAUCAUCCUCGUAAAAAAGAGAUCUACUCCAUUCUGCACAAUCUGGCUGCACUAAUGGAAGAAGAAGAGGCUUCAAGAACAUGAUCCUCUCUAACAAGAAGGGAGGAUUGUACACUGUUAAAGCCUGCAAAAGCAGGGGAGUUAUACGUGUUGUGAUGAUUUGAUUUUAGCUUCAAAAGUUUGCAGUUUGAUUCGUAUUGGCUGAUUUAUUACAAAAGAUGGAGAUGGCAGGUGAGCCAAGAAAUGAGACAAAAUAAGACAAGCGACCAAUACUUGUAUGUCUGGAUCAAAUUUAUUGCAACCUAACAAUGCCACAAGCCAAUAGUUAUGCAAUUUACAAACCGGAGAUUCUCCAGUCCAUCCGAUUGCGAGUAUCAUCCCACUGAAGUAAAUUCCAGUCCAGCCCAACCAUGAAAUUUCCUUCCCCAAAACCAAAUGUGAACCACAAUAUGAGUCUUUUAGCAUUCCAACAAGCCCACAACCAGAAGAAAUCUCCAUGGGAAUUUCAAGUUAUGAGCCAUUUCCCAA